AUGGAGACAUCUUCGCCACUUUACAAUUUGGAUUAUUUUGGCGAAACCAUGGAACAGAAAGAUCGCAAUUCUCAUUGCUUUUCCGGUGAGUGAGAAAAUAUUAGCUUUCUUUUGCCAUUUAGUUUCUUUAUUUAUCACAUCGCCCUGUAUCCUGGCUUAUUUUCUCUGAUUAUUCGGAAAGAAUUUCUAAGAAACCGAGAAGAAACUGAAAUAUUUUGGUGCGCGAAUGUUUUGAAUUAAUUUUGUGCGGAGAAUUCCAUGUCGUCGUUGUGUUCUUAUAAAAGUUUAUUUCCUCCGUUCUGUAUGACGUUUGGAAGAAUUUUCUUGAGAAAAUCUGCCAUUUCUCAGUGUAUUUGGCCGCUUUCCCUCGUGUUUACGUUUUUUUUUUUCAUGAAAGAAAAUAGAAGGGCGUUUUCUGAAUGAAUGGAGUCUUUCACACUGCUUUAGAAAGCGAAUCAAGGAAAUUGUGAAAUGUUCUGAUAUUGACAUUGGUGAAAAGAACUUUUAAAAUGUCUAGUUAUAUCAAUAUUUUUAUUAAACAAAAGCGCUACUGAGCCCUGAAGGUCGACCUUCGUUAGAAGACCAUAAAAUCUAUUAAAACCACACUGUUAAUUAUUUUGUUUUCCACGGAUCAACAGUUCGUUCCUCUGAGUAACACCCAAAAAUUCUAUUUCCGCUCCACUUGACUUCCGCUAGUGUAGACGAUUACGUCACUUCCUACUUGGUUUAGGUGUUCUCUGGUGCAAUACCCGUAACAAAGAAUUUAAAAUUUACAAGUCCCUACAUUAUGCUAGUCAGGAAGCUUGCCCUAAACACAGUGGCAACAAAGCUAUUUCUCCAGGGCCAUAGUGAGUCACCACAAUUAAAAACGACAGCUGCCAGUGCCAAUCAAAGUGUUUUAUUAGAAUGUCUGACGUUCCGGGCCGGCCGGAAGUGCUGCUUGUCAAGCGUAAGGCAAAAUUCACGUUGGUUGAUAUGUACACAACACCUGCAACUAUCCUGUCUGAAAUUUUAUCGAGUUUCCGCGCGAUGCGUUUUUAUUACGUCUUGCAAGCAUUUUUCUCGUCUUAGUCUUUGUCACUUAUUCUGACUAGCCUGCGUAACAGGCGUUAUUUUUUCGCGUUUCUCAGGCGAGCAAAGGCAAGCGCGAAGCGAGCAACGAGUGCCAGCCAGACACCUGCGACGGUGGAAGGCACUCCUCGCACGCUUCGCGCGCUUCCCUUCGCUCGUCAGAAAACGCGAAAAAAUUACUCCUGUUAUGCAGGCUAAUUCUGACAGAUUAACAAGUCAAGUUCAUAAUUAAAGGUAAUAAGAUCAUAAACCUUGUUUCAAUAUCUUUGUUUAUACGCAAACACAUUUAGUCCUUUAUUCAGUAUCGCAUAAGAGGCGAAAUCUUAUUGGUCAGAGCGAGUAAACGAUCCAAAUGGUCUGAAAAUAUUUUCUCGGUCCAUUGCAACUAAUUAUAUAAAUCUCCAAAGUCACGGUUCUAGUCAUGGAAUCCAACUCGGUUUUCCACAAAUCGGAUUCUUCGUGCGAUAAUAGAUGGCAUAAGAGAGGUGAGAUCGCUUUACCUCUUUCUCUGAGGGUUUUUUUGUUUGCAGAAAUCUCUGACGCAACAAGGUUGCAAAGCACAGUAAAGUACAUAGCGCGAAAGACAUUUAGUGACCUGCCGGUAAAUGAGAUUUGAUCUUCGUGCGUUUGAUUUUUUGCUUCGAAACUCAAAUGUUGUCAACGGUUUAUGAGGUCCUCGUUUAACACUAAGAUAUAGAGAACCUAAGAAAGUUACAAAAGUAUUUGCUCAGGAAUCUAAACUACCUUGAUCAUAAUCAUUAGGGUAACUCGAAAUGACUUUUACUACUGGUCAUGGACACUUUUUAUUGAUCUUUGAAACGUUCUACAUGUCAAGAGCCACACUUUACGGUGACAUUUUCCAAUUUUCUAACACAUGUAUGUUUGGGGUAUGUUACACAGUAUCAUUUGCGGUGAUCAACGCAAGUGGGCGCAGAACAUUGUCAGUAGAACAUAGGUUAAGUCAACUUUCUUUGCUAUGUUAAUUAUUGGCACUACGUCACCUGAAGGUGACGAUGUGCUUCGGAUCGAAGCGUGAUUAAAAAGACAUUUCAAAGAAAUAUUUAACGAGACGCCUUAUUUAACUAACCAAUAUAAUUAAUGGAAGCCAUUAAACUGUCUUUACCUUAUCUAUUUCUAGAUCUCGAAUUAGCGGCUGAGAUAGGAAAAAAUCUCUUAGAAAGAAACAAAGAACUGGAAAUAAUGCUGAAAUCAUCGCACCAUUACUUAGAGGAACAGCAUAUCAAAAAUGAGGUGUGUAUAAGAAACAAUUUUCAAUUGUCUAUGCCCGGCGCUAGAAAGAAAAAGGUGUGGCUUGCGUGCGUGUCCCUCUCGCGCGACUUUUCACGGUAUCCGCCAAGUGGAGAGCUCAGUGUUCGCAGGCUAAAAAGGCGUAAUUUAGUACCCCGGCUCUUCAGCUUCUUGUUUAGUGGGUGGUCGCUAGGAGAGACUCCCGUGAGAUAGAAAAAUUUGAUUUUUUAUUUGUCUAACAACUCGAAGUCUGUUGGUCCCUGUUUUUUAGGGAACGAAUUGGCAGCCGCAGCUCAGCACGAGAUUCAACCUCGUUCCCUUAAUCCUUUCGUUUUUCAAAAAGUGGUGGUCGCAUUUUAAGACCCGGGAGUAUUUCAUAUCCCAGUAGCUUCCGUGAUAAACGUAAUUAACGUGUGUUACCAUCAGAGUUAAGAAAUUUUAACAGGGGUGAGAAACACAUGGUUACGGAACAAGCCAGCGUGACGUCACGGCUACCAUAGUACAAAAAAAUGAAACGCCGGCCAUGUUGGUGUACUAAAAAAGACUGGUGGGGAUUGAACUCUCUUCGCAUGUAAAAACUUUCUCUUUUUUCAAGAAUUUGCAUAGGAAUAGUUGCUGACCACGCUAGUGGAAACGAUCUAUAGGGGUUAGGAAGAAAGUUAUAAAACCACAAUAAUAUUAUUGUAAGGUAGCCGAACCUACUUCACGAAUUUCUCUUAAAUCCCCAGUUUCUUUCAAAGCAACUGGAAACAACACGAGAGUUACAUGAAAGUCAAGUACGUGCCUGUGAACAGAUGGAAUCUACUGCCUUGGAACUACAGAAAACUAACAAAGAACUGCAGAGCGAAACAGCAGUAAUGCGGAAACGUUACCAAACUGUUGUACAAACUGUGGAAAAUUUGGAAAGCAAAUGUGACGAUUACAGGACACAGGUCGAAGAACUUCAAAUAGAACGUAUGCGAUUGCAAAGAGAAAUGGCGAGCUCUUUAUCCCUUAAACUCACAUGCAAAGAAAACGGCAGCUACGAGCUCGCGAGAGGCGAGGAUGGAACUGACGAGACAGAAAAAGAUGAAAAGGUUUUAAGCUUUAAGAAAGACAUCGAAAUUCUCAACGACAGGAUUAUGCAACUUAAAAGGCAGCAUUCGACGGAGAAACGCCGUCGUGAAGAACUCGAGCUAGAGCUGUCGGACUUGAUCCAAGAAAAUCAACAGCUUGAUAAAGAACUUUUCAACUUCGCGGAACAAGCGAGGCAGUGGCAGCAAAGCGCGUCUGAAGACUCGAGUCUCAGCGUUUUAGCAUGUUCUCACUCGGGUCAUCGUCGGCCACUUUCGGAAAGCACCGACGACGAGUCGUUUGUACUCCUGAACAGCGAACUUGAUCGGCAGGUAAGCGCUAUGUCAGAUCAAAGCGAGGUUGAGAUUUUGAACAUUUCACAGGAGGUAAAAUCCCCCCUUCAGGAGAACAGUACUUCGUUUUUAUCAGAACUCGGAAGCCAAUACCAUGAGUUAGUUCGAAAGUACGACUCUCUUGUUGAAAGGUGUAAAAACGAAGGCAUUGUCCAUGAAACACCUCAGAUUCCAACAGUACAGCGCGCGAUUCAAACUUCGCCAUUGGAUGAGAAACCUACGACUGAAAUUGGAGCGAGCGGCCCUCUACAAGACAGUGCGUCGGUCAGGGAGUACAAGAAACUCUUUGCGCAAAUCUACUCCAAACUUCAAACAUCUCAGUCUUGCAACCCAGCAGAAAAGGAGCUAUAA